UUCUUAUCUUCGACGCACGAUAGGCCAGCCCUAUUGUCGUGUAGUGACCGAGCGACGGGAACCCACGAACGAAUGUAAAAAUAAAGCUCGUUCAGUCUUUAACAGAACUUGCAACGCAGCGUUUGUAGAUCGAAGGCAGUUAUUUAUAACUUUAUCCCGCUAAAUGAUCUUAAUUGCAUCAAUUAAAGCCAGGCUGAGAUUUGAUUGAUAUUCGAGAAAAAACAAUUAUGGAAAUGCAAGAAAACUUUCGAACAACAAGCAUUGAAAUCAAUCUCACAUCCAAUUCUAAAGAGGCUGAACCGAAGCGAGGUGCAGAUAUUAAUUACGGAAUUGAUGACGCUCCACCAUGGUAUCUAAGUAUAUUUAUGGCUCUACAGCAUUACUUAACGAUGAUUGGUGCCAUAGUAUCGAUACCGUUCAUACUUACACCCGCUUUGUGCAUGGAAGAUGAAGAUCCUGCCAGGGGCAUCAUUAUUUCGACUAUGAUUUUCGUCACUGGCCUGGUAACGUACAUUCAAGCGACCUGGGGUUGUCGUUUACCAAUAGUCCAGGGUGGCACAAUAUCAUUUUUGGUUCCGACACUAGCCAUCUUGAAUUUACCCGAAUGGAAAUGCCCAAGCAAAGAUGUAAUAUCUGCCAUGGAGGCCGAACAAAAGACGGAACUCUGGCAAGUGCGAAUGCGUGAACUUUCCGGUGCAAUUGCCGUAUCGGCAUUGUUCCAAGUUUUCAUAGGAUAUUCCGGUAUCGUAGGAAAGUUGCUGAAGAUAAUCACCCCACUAACCAUCGUUCCGACAGUGUCUCUUGUCGGAUUAACUUUAUUUUCACACGCAAGCGCAACUGCAUCGAAACACUGGGGAAUCGCUGUGGGCACGAUUAUUCUAAUGACACUGUUUUCUCAAGCGAUGACUCACGUGAACGUACCCACAUUAAAGUAUCGUAAAGGCCACGGCUUACAGAUCAGUUGGUUCCCGCUUUUCAAAUUGUUUCCAGUUUUGCUGACAAUAAUAGUUAUGUGGUCCCUUUGUGCUAUUCUAACUGCAUCAGGGGUAUUUCCCGAAGGCCAUCCCGCAAGAACAGAUGUUCGAAUUAGUGUUAUGCAAGAUGCUUCCUGGUUUCGUAUUCCAUACCCAGGACAGUUCGGUAUGCCCACAGUUACCGUUGCCGGAGUUGUUGGAAUGCUUGCUGGUGUUCUAGCGUGUACCGUUGAAUCCAUCAGUUAUUACCCUACAGUCUCGCAGAUGUGUGGAGCACCUCCUCCUCCACUCCAUGCUAUCAAUCGGGGUAUUGGAACGGAAGGUCUUGGAACUGUCCUUGCUGGUUUGUGGGGAUCCGGGAACGGUACGAACACUUUUGGUGAGAACGUUGGUGCCAUUGGAGUAACAAAGGUUGGGAGUCGAAGGGUUAUUCAAUGGGCUGCUCUUAUCAUGAUAAUGCAAGGUGUGUUAAACAAAUUUGGUGCCGUUUUUAUAAUGAUUCCUGAUCCGGUAGUCGGUGGUAUAUUUUGCGUCAUGUUCGGAAUGAUAGCAGCAUUCGGGUUAUCAGCCCUUCAAUAUGUUGAUUUGCGAUCGGCACGUAAUCUAUACAUAUUGGGCCUCUCAAUUUUUUUCCCGAUGGUGCUUUGCCUAUGGCUUCAAAAAAAUCCAGGAUUCAUACAAACCGGUAUUAGAUCGCUGGAUUCAACGCUGUCCGUUCUGCUUGGAACAAGUAUUCUUGUCGGAGGAUGUUUGGGAUGCGUUCUCGAUAAUUUAAUCCCGGGUACACCAGAAGAACGAGGAUUAAUAGCGUGGAGUAAGGAAAUGUCCUUAGAGGUAGUCACAGAACACGGCGGUGAUAACGUAUAUAGUUCUACAUUUGAUUUUCCAUACGGAAUGGCCUUAUUGAAAAGAUUCAAAUGGACUAGAUUCGUGCCAUUCUUACCAACUUACAAGAUGAAUCUUUGAGCUUUACUUUGACGGGGUUUUAUCAUCAAAAUUACUGUUUAUCUUCUAUUAUAUAAAAUUGACGUGUAACGGUGUUAGUCGCACUCCUCCUCCGAAAUGUCCCAACAGAUACUAAUGAAAUUAUUUUUAAAGUAUUCUGAAGGCAUGAGAAUCGGUUCUUAUAAAAUAAAAAAGCACAAAGUUACAUCAAUUGUCUGUAAUAAUUAAAUUUGUAAUUAUUUGAAUAAAAUAAAAAUCAUCCCGAAUACGAAAAUAACAGUUCCUGUUGUAGUUAUAAAAAGGUUACAAACAGUGUAAAAAACCCAAUUUAAUACACUUGACAGUGGAUUGCAUCCUCUUUUACAGCCUAUAAAUCAUAUUUGGAUACAUAUGACACAAAAUAAUAAACAAAUGAUAGAUUUAUAAACUCUAAAUUAUGAUUGAACAAUUUCGAACGCAGUAAAGCCAAAAUCAAUUUCAGAAAUUAAGAUUCAACAUUGUAUAUAGGAUAAAAGUAUUUUGAAAUAAUCAUAACUUUCAUGUGAGUAAGUGUAAGUUUUCAUGGAGAUUUUUGAAUGACUUGAUUCUGGAAUAUCUUGAAUGAUCCCGGAUGAGGAAUCUUUUUUUUUUUAAAUUAUAUUCUUAAUUUUUAACCAAUUAAGAAUAUAAUUAAAAAAAAAGACGUGUUUUUUGGAGCUAAAAAUUUUAUAUUAUCAAAAUUUCAACGAAGCAAUGUAAAUUUAAAUUCGGUUGUCUAUUUUUUUAUCAGUAAUGUCAAAAGUGUUAACGUGAUAGAUAUAUUCAUCUGUAGAACGCCGUUUUAUCGAACUAUCUGGUGUUGUGAAAAAUGUGAUCAUGAAUGAGAGCAUAUAGUUUUAGAAGCUGUGAUCUAUGUAAGAAAUGUAUUUGAGCGGAACUGUUAAUUGUCUGCUGUGAUUUUACGUUUCUUAGUUGAGCUCUGAACAAAAGCUGUAGAAUAAGUUGGGCUGGGAAUUAAUAUCAGAGUUGUUGACUAAAGGAGCACCAAAUUAAAAAGUUUGCAUUAUGUUAUUUGUAUUCACAUGGAGAAAAUGCAGAGGAUGGAUUACGAUAGUUGCCUUGAUUGGGAAAAACUAGAAAAAUUGUAGCGUGCAUCAAAAUCCAGAAAAUUCAGCUAAGUAUCGGUUUACAUAUUUCAUUUUUUAUUCCCUCCAAAAAAUUAUUUGGUUGGAAUAGUUCCAAGGUAAGAUGAGGAGUAUAAACGUAUAAUUAUUCAUUGAUAUAAUAUUCAAAAUAGCUUAACUCUAUUAAAGGGGAUUUGUGGGAGGGUUGGAUAGGUCAUCAAACGAACGAAAGACUGAAAUACAAUGGAUUGUGGGUUCAAGCCAGUCGGUAUCAGGUAUCAGAAAGGUAUUGGCUUAUAGCAGCACGUUAUCCAAACAAUCGGAAAAAUUGUGCCUAGCCUUUUUUUAAGUAAAUCAUCAUUUACCUGUUUCUUUAUUUGAAAAAAAAAAAGAUAUAAUAUCCAUGGAAGGGAUUUAUAUUUAUUUAUUUUCUGAAAAAUAUCAACAUGUUGUGUAGAAUAAUUAAGUAGCUCGUUUCAAAAGAAGUUCAUUAAACCUUGGAUUAUUAAAAAAAAACUAAACCGCUUUAAGCACUUUUGUUUUUUAUUGCAACAAUGAUACGCGAUAAUAAAUAAAAUAUUUUCAUUUUAGAUUUGGAUAAAGCAAACAAUGAUUUUUCAUCGAGAGCUAAGAUCACUUGAUGUUUACCGUUAACUGUUGGACCAAUUUUUAUUACUUUCCAGUCAAAACGUUGAUCUGGGGGUUUUGUCUCGAAAAGGUUUUGAGAAAAGACUUUACACUGUUAUAAAUUAAUAAAAUGGUGAAAAGCAAAGUGACGGGCGCCCGCUGACGUAGUACCAAUCAGUACCAAUUGUGGUGGCCACCCAGACUCUGCCAUAAACUGUAGAACGAAAUAUUCACAGCGUAACAACUGUCAAAUUUAGGUAUAAUUGGAUGACCGUGAAAAAUUUUUUGGCGCCAAAUCACUGCGUCCCCCAUAUUAGCAUAAAUUUUAUAGUUCAUGCUUGUAUUAUACAAAACAAGAUGAAUCGCCCCUAUAUACAACACUGGCGUUCAUCUUGUUCACUGCGAAAACAUGGCUGACUUCGGCCAUAUUUCCCAGAUUCAGAAAAAGCAUGGCUGCAGUGAUUCCAGUAACAUUUUUUUUAAAGAAAUAUAGCAAAUUUAAAAGUUGUAUGAAAUUUUAUAUUGACUCUAAAUGUUAAUCUUGAGUCACAUUAUUGAA